UAAACAUUAUUCUUUUUUUUUUAAUUAUUAUUCUCUAUUAUUAUAAAUUAGGAAAAUGUGGAAAACCUUUGUUGAUAUUGAAAAUGUUUUCAUGAUUAAGUUGGAAAAAAAUGAUGUUGAUUUUAUUUUGCUGUUAACCAAUAUCUCGUGCCUUUGGGAAAGUGAAUUUUCAACUCUGAACUUGGUGAAUUCUUUUAAGGAGUAUAAUCCCUUAAUUGCCGCUGGAGAUGAACAAAUCGUCAGUGAUUUCAUAGAAAUCAUCAACAAUAUACAAGAUGUUAAUACUUCUGUAAAAUCAACUGGUGAUAAUAUUGAAUUAGUUUUAGAACAAAACUGUUGUGGUUUCGGUGAAUCAGUAAAAUCGUCAAAAAUUAUUUAUAAAUUUACCUUAAACAAAAAAGAACAGGAACAAUUUAAAGAUAAAAUAGUUGUUUCAGCUAUAAAAACAAUUUAUUUUUUGGAAAAACAACAGAAAAUGUUACUUAAUUUGGUACAGAAAAAAGAUAGGGAAUUGGAGGAGUUUAGAAUGGAAAAGGGAGAAAUUUCAAGAGGCGACUUGAAGACAGAAAAAUUUGAUGCCAAUGUAUUAAAUACAAAUAAUGAUGAAUUAUUUUUAAAUGUUUUCACUGAAAAACAAAGCGAACGAUUCUGGCAAAAGUUUACCGAGACAAAUGGCAAAGUAGAGACAACCAAUAUGCAUGUUGAUUUAGAACCUUGGAAUGUAAAGUCUAGGAAAAGAGUGAUACUCAGUGGAAAGUCAGUCGCUAAAAGGGGAUCAGGAAUUGUUUAUAAAAAAUAAAUACACAUUACAUUUUAGAGAAAAAAAAAUAUAUAUAUAUAUAUAUUUAUGUCUAAUGCAAUUAUUGUUUUCAUAUUAGAUUCAAUUUAAUCGAAUAUAUUUUGCUUUUUUUUUUAACAGAGAGAAGAAUUAACUAAUGUUUUAAUAACUCUAUAUGGGUCUGCACAACUGCAAGGACGCCUGUCUUCAAAAAAACCUUUUUUCUUGUCAGCUACUACAAUAGGUAUUCUUACAGAAGCAGUUCUGUCGCCCACACCAUAGGUGAAUUUUUCAAAUUUGCUAGUGUGAUAUUCUCCAGUUAGUCUCUCUUUGAUGCAUUUUCCUUAAAUAUAUAUUGAUAUAUUAUGGAAAUAACUAAUUUAGUAGUUACUUACCUUCGGCACAAUCGAACGAAUUUAUAUCUGUUGAGUGAGUUUUUUCCAAUUUGCACAUAAUAUCUUGUAUUGCUUUAUAUCCUCCUUCCUGUCUAGUUCCUUUGGUUGUCAUUGUUGUAUGCAAACCUUGCAAUAAAGACAAAAUAAUUGAAAAAUAGUAUCUAAGACCUUGAAAGCAUACCUGAAGGUGCACCAUGUUUAACAAAUUUCGUCUUAAAAGAAGCUGCUAUGCCAAAUAAUUCAGCCACCAUUAGAAUAAUAUAUCUUAAAAUCCAUAAGUCAUCAGCUGCCUUCAUACUGGAAGUUGGUCCAGUCAAAACUUCCCAUUGAGAAAAUCCUCUCUUAAAAUAUUUAGAAUUACAUAUUUCCAUUUUUUAAUUAUGUAUAGGUACUGUUGUUUUUACCUCUGCAUGUGCUCCAAAUAUAUCUAUUCCUGCAUAAAGGCUACAUCGAUAAACACUUUCUGCAAUAUCUCUUCCAAUAAUUCGAUGUGAUCCAAUAUAAAAUAUUCCAUACCAUCGUGUCUUGGAAUAGCCCCACAAGGCCAUCCAUAAGGUUUCCCAUCUGGACCUUUAAGAUAAAAUUCUUGUUCGAACCCAAUCAAAAUAUCAUGGUCGCACACUCUGUUCAAGACUUCCACACAAGCCUGCCUAAAGUUUUUCUUUGUAGGUUUUUUGUCUUGGGUGAAGGUUUCACAAAGAACAAUUUUGUUGUUACCUAAAAACUCUUUCAUUUAAGCAGGAAUAUAAAUAAAGACACCAACUCGCCUCUUCUGAAAGGAUCAGAGUACAUAGCUAUUGGUACCAUAUAAUUUUCUGUUUUGUCUUUGCUAGCUACAAAGGCAUAAUAAGUAUGGAUUUGUUUAAAUUGUAGUUGCACGAAAUCUUACAAAAAUUUGCGCUUUUGCCAUCGAAACUCCAAAUAGGACACUCUUUAUGAGAGGAUGGUACAACAUUUAAAGUCAUAGUUCGCAUUCUUAAAUCAAGUCCAGUACCAUCGAUCCAUACGUAGGAAACUAUAGUUUUUGGUUCUGGUAUAGGCAAACACCUAAAUCUAUAUGGGAUAUUUUAAAUUUGGGAUAUGUAAAUAUUGUUAUUUACCUCUCAGCGAUAUUUUUAUCCAACUGGGCAUUAGGCGAGCAAUCUAAAAAACCUAAUCUGAGGGCACUGGUGUUUAAAUUUCUCCUUAAACUAAUUAUUUUUUUCCUGGAGGCUGUGAAAAACCUUAGGAAGUCGUUCAUAUUUUUUUUUUUUUCAAGUAGAUGAAUAAAGUGAGUGACGAGAUUUUGUCACAUUUCAAUAGGGUGUCAAUUUUUGACGGGUUAACAACAACGAAAUUCCAUGUACCUAUGGCAAAGCAAAAUCCUAUAAUUUCUAACGCCCAACUUAUACUGAUUACCUGAGACUUUCAGAGAGUGUUGGAUAAUAAGUAAUAAGUAGUAUGAUUUUAAACUAUGUACUUUCACAAUUUCAAAGAUAAAAUUGCUAAUAAAGUUUGGAAACUCAUAUCUGAUUUAUUUUAUACGAUUUUCGAAAACUAAAUGUGCAAUAUUUCUACCAACAUGCGAUUGCUAGGGAUGGCAAGCAAAUUUGAAUGAAAUGUAGAAUAUAUGGGUAAAAACAACAAAGAUUCAAUUAAAACCCUUUUAAUUUACACAAUCACUUCUCAAUUUGAUGGAAUAACUUCCCAAAGUUUCUUCAAAGUGUACCCUUCUUUGAUGGAUUCAAUAGCCAACCCCAAUUCCUUGCAAUAAACCGGAGGUCUGUCUUUUUUGUGUCCCUCGUCAGCUAAAUAAGCUGCCAAUGUAUUUCCGAUUUCAUUUUUUGGAUCCUCAACAACCUGCAAAGCAUUCUUCAAAUAAUUAUAAAAUUUGUAACAAUAAAUGCACCUCUAAAUCAUCCAAUAGAUCAUUUUUAUGCUCCACCUCAUUGAUUUUCGUGUUCAACUUGUAUUCAACUCCAAAAAUAGGAUUAUUAAGGAAUACUGUAUGUAAUGAAGUCAACUCUUUAUACAAAGUGGUUAGUUUAUCUUCGGAAUCCACUUUAAAGCCUAAAAUAAAAUUGCCACUGCGUUCUGUACUUUUUAUCACCAAUGCUUUUCCGAAUUUUGAGUCUCUUAUACGAAUCUAAAAAAUACUUAGUUAAAUUUGCUUUCUUAUUGCAAUAAUGCGGCCAUUACUGAGUCAACUUGCAAAUAUGGCAGAGAAAUAUUAAAACCUUCGUUAAUAUCAGCAAACCAAACACAUCUAAUAUUGGUAACAACAAAAGUCCCCAAACUGCCUUGGUCGCUGGACAAGUUCCACACUCCAUGCAUACUGGAAACUACUUGUUCCUGGGGUAGGAUUUUUAGUUUUUUAUUAUGGACAACUCCCCCACGGAGUUUCAAUUCUCUGUAGAGUUUUGAAGUUAUGUAAGCCCUAAAAUUGUUUGCGCUUUAAAAUUUUCUACUACUUAAAACUAAAAUUUACUUGUGUACUCCAACUACAGAAGUAAAGUGACGCAUAUUUCCUUGUACUUGGUUUGUGAAUACAAAUUCAUAUCUGGUACCAUUGGAUAUUGUUAAUAAGUGUAGUGCUUGGGUGGUGCCUUUAACUUUCUAAAAAAUUAUUAAUUUUAAUUAAAAAAAAAAAAAAUAUAUAAUUUUAUAAUUACCGAAUUUACAAUUUUGGUAUUUAUCGAUACAAUUGUGUUGAAACCGAUGGCUGAAAAUAUAAAGAUAAAUUUGUUUAGUUGGAGAUUUUCGAUAAUCUUACACAGAUUUACUCUAGGACUAGUCAUAGAAUGCCAAAGAAGCCUUAAAUUUGUAAUUAUAAGCCUUCCGCGAUCUCCGGCAUUGCCCUUUGUGUCCUCAAUGUUAUCUAGUUUGUCUAUGACUUUUUCUCCUAGUCUUAAACGCAUUUCCCUGUGCAAAAAAAAAAUGAAUUAGACAAGAAUUGUUUUAUUAAGAGGUUGAUGCUUACGAAUACGGGACAUCGAAGCUAACUUCUUUGUCUUCCCAUGUUAAAGCCAUUUUUGUCAGUUUAUACAGCAAAGGUUUGAUUAUCUAUAUAUUUUUUUAAUGCUGCAAACAUUACAUAAAGGGUUUGUGUUUGUAUUGGAUUAGAAUAUGUAGGUAGGUAUUGAUUUUUUAGCAUACAAACAAUUCAAAAUUGUUUCAAUUUUUUUCUUUCACAACUUUCUCAUUUG